AUGGGGAAUAUUUCCAGCCGGGUUGUGGUCCCAGUGGUACCUAUUUUGAGUUCCAUUCUUGAAAUCGAUUUUGGACUUCAUGAAUCGACUUUGGACUUCAGGGGUCAUAAGAGAAGCAAGCAGGACAAGGGUCGUAAUGGAGCUCCCAACAGAGCAAGACAAAGGCAUGAUGGUUGUGACAUGUUGAUGAUUCCCAUAACAACAAUUGUGUAUGGAUUGAAGUUAUCCUUUAUACUUUGUCGUGAGGUUCCUGUGCUCUUUCAAAAGGUUUUACAGUUGCUUGCUAUGUUGUAUACACUUUCACCUUCAAACAAGGCAUUGUCCAUGUUGUCAUCUUUUAGUAGUGUUCUAUCAGAAAGCCAGUGGGCAUCAUUUUUCCAUCAAGCAUCACUUGGAACUCAUCUAAAUCAUCAAUUGGUUUCUCGUUUUGGAAAACACAAAGACCAAAACACCACUACUGAUGUUCAUGUAAAGUUGAUGGAAGAAAGGAAUAUGAAGCCACUUUAUUUAAAUCUUGCAGCAUUAUCAGCAAGAUGCAGUAAAGACUUGGAGUUGAAUUUGGCUAAGUCAUUAUUGAGUGAGAUGGGCCAAUGUGCAACUGCUUAUCCAUAUAAUCAGUUGUUUGGAGCAUUAGUCUUAAAGAAUUAUGAAAGGCAAGAUACAACUUUACUUAGUUGGAAUUUGAUCUUCCUGGUUUCCGUUCACCUCGCAGUUGAACGAACCUCUUUUUUUUUUUCAUCGCCAUUCGCCAUUCGCCAUUUACCUCUUUCUACGGCUCCCAUCCCUUUCUAUUACACACCACUCAACAGUCGCUUCGCAUACGCAGCAACCCAUCGUCGGCAACACCAACACCUUUCAGGAGCACCAAUCUCUGAUGACUAA